AUGGAAAUUGAUUUAGCAAACCUAAACACUAUUAUCCAGUCCUUCAGUCAAUCGCAAAAGACAAUAAGUCUUCCUGAUAAAACAGAGAAAGCUAUUAGCCUUCAAAAGGGUAAAACCUCAAAUACCAAUCAUUACAUGGCAAAAGGAAAAUUCUCCUCUGUCAUCCAAAUGGAACCCGAAUUUUGGGACAAAAAUCCAUACAAAGCCAUCACCAAAGCAUUCCCUCCUGGUUUUCAUUUUAGACCAUAUGCCUUGAAUAAGACUAGACAAUUUUAUGAGUUCAUUUUAAUAGAUUCAGAUUCUGCCUUGCGUUUCCAUGGUUGUAAUGGUCUUACAGUAAAAUAUCUAAGGAAUAUCAACGGCCCUGGAUCUCACAUAUCUGUGAAUGGUUGCGAGGGUGCAAAAUUCUCUCAAAUCAAUAUUCAUGCUCCUCAAGAGAGUCCCAACACUGAUGGAUUCGACAUUUCCGCUUCCAAAAAUAUCUUGAUACAAGAUUCUACUAUAGGAACUGGUGAUGAUUGUAUUGCCAUCAACGGUGGCUCCUCUUACAUAUCUAUUGUUGGGGUUGCUUGUGGACCAGGCCAUGGAAUAAGUAUUGGCAGCCUUGGUAGAAAUCAAGGUCAUGAGACAGUUGAAGAAGUUCAUGUACGAAAUUGCAGCUUCACAAGGACCACAAAUGGAGCAAGAAUCAAGACAUGGCCAGGUGGAUCAGGUUAUGCAAGAAGGAUCAUUUUUAAGCAAAUAAAACUAAUAGAUACUCGUAAUCCAAUAAUUAUAGACCAAUACUAUGGACAUAAUAUUUCAAUGGAUGCAGCGGUGAAAGUGAGUGAUGUGAUUUAUCGAGGGUUUAGUGGAACUUCAAGUGAUGCCAAAGCUAUUGAUUUACAAUGUAGUAAAUCAGGUUGUUUCAAUAUCAUAUUGAAUCAAAUCAAUAUAGUCUCUGCUGAACAAGGAAAACAUGCCUAUGCAUCUUGCAAAAAUGUCCAUGGAAUCGUUAUAUCUGCUAUUCCAAAUGUCUCUUGCUUGUUGAAUUGA